CUGUCAUUAAUCCAGGGAGAAAAGCAGCGCUCUGUCAUUUUCAGAGGUGAUCUGUCGACGGAGAAGUUAGAUCGAAAGCCAGUGUCCGUUGCUGAACUGUUCCGAUAUGCUUCCCGAAAGGACUGCCACUACGUAGCUGCUGGCUUCGCACUUGCAGUCGUAGUCGGAGCAAUCAUGCCGUUGACGUGCAUCUUUGGAGGACUUUAUGCCAACAUUUAUCUGAUGAACACCGAUAAUUAUUUUCUCUCGUUGGCCAGUCAUAAUAUUGUUGGUCGUAUACGUAAGGAAUUUGUGAAAGCAGUACUGGCACAGAACGCCGCGUGGUUUGACGAAAACAACGCAGGGACGAUCACCACGCAGCUGAACGAGAACGUGGCUCAAAUUGAAGAUGGAAUUGGUGACAAGAUCGGAAUGCUGGCAAGAGGAGUGACAGUGUUCAUCGCCAGCGCCGUUUUUGCUUUUUACUACGACUGGCGUAUUACUCUGGUGUGCAUUUGGGACGGUCCUGUAAGCGCCAUAACCAUGGCUAUCAUGUCAAGGCUCUCUUCGCCACCAAUGCAGGGAAUGAUGUCAGUUUCUGGUGAAGCUGGUGCGAUAGCUGAAGAAGCCAUUAUGAACGUCAAAACAGUUGCAGCUUGCAACGGUCAAAAGUAUAUGGUUAAAAAAUAUGAAGAGCAACUGAGAAGAGGAGUAUCGUUUGCUAUUCGAUAUAGCUUCAUCAAUGGAUUUUGCGAAGGUUUCAUGUUCUUUCAACUGUAUAUUUUCUACGCGGCUGCUUUCCUAUAUGGAAUUCCGAGCUAUUAUAAUGGUAUCACUGCUGAACCUGGAACGAUUUUUAUUGUGGCCUCUACAGUUCUGUUAGGUGAGAACAAGAAGAAUAUCGUACCCGUCGGCAUUUUAGGCUCCUACUUUUUUGGACUGCUCGGUCCUCAUAUGAUGGCCAUCAUGAAGGCAAGAAUAGCUGCAGCGAUCAUCUAUGAAACGAUUGAUCAAGCUCAGGAUAUCGUUUCCAAAGAGGGAAAAGAACUGAGGGCGUGCAAAGGUCGAUUGGAAUUCAGGGACGUUCAUUUCAAAUACCCAACCAGAAGCUGCUGUGAAGAAAGAGUUGCCACAGCGAAUCGCUAUUUCUUCAGGGAGACGCCUAUACUGCAAGGUCUCAGUUGGGUAGCGGAACCUGGAGAGACGAUUGCGUUCAUCGGCCUCUUGACUCGGCUUUACGACUGUGACAAAGGAUCAGCUCUCCUUGAUGGUCAAGAGAUUCGAUCGAUUAGAACGAGUGAUUUGAGAAAGAUGAUCGGCAUUGUCCAGCAAGAGCCUUGUCUUUUUAAUGGCACAAUUCGUGAGAACAUAGUGCUUGGCCGGUCAGUCACCGACGAACAAGCCGAAGAUGCUGCUCGAAUAGCGAAUGCUCACGAUUUCAUCAUGAAACUGGACAAAGGCUACGACACCAUUAUUGGAUCUGGCGGGGUCUCACUUUCGGGAGGACAGAAGCAGAGGAUCGCUAUCGCUCGAGCGGUGGCAACUCAGCCGAAAAUUUUGCUUUUGGACGAGGCUACGAGUGCACUGGAUUCUGAAAGCGAAAACGUAGUGCAGCUUGCUCUGAACAGGGCGUCUCGUGGUCGCACAACGAUAGUCAUUGCUCACCGCUUGAGCACCUUGAAGGAUGUCCAGCGGAUUUAUGCCAUUCAGGACGGGAAAGUAGUGGAAGAAGGCACUCACUUCGAGCUGUUGGAAAAAGGAGGCCUGUAUAGCGCUCUAGCAGCAGCUCAAGAAGUGGGUUUCGGUGGAUGGUCAGGUGAAGCUACCACAGCGAAUAUGCGUGUGAAGGUUCUGAAAAGUCUACUGAGCCAAGAAGCCGAGUACUUCGAUCGGCCUCAGUGCAGUAAUGCUGCCUGUGUCGCUGAACUCUCCACGAAAGCACCGGAUGUUCAAGCGUGUCUCGACUACCGUUUCAUGCUGAUGGUGAACAAUAUGUGUGCUGUGGUCGUUUGUAUUCCACUGUCUAUUAUCGCCUGUUGGGAGAGUGGAGUGGCCAUGACCGUUUUGUUGGCUUUGUUCAUUGUCAGCAUGUGGAUUACCAGUAACAGAAUUUCUGCCAGUAUGGAAAAGAAGUCCGAAAAUGACAAAACUCCUGAACUCUCCAUUGAAGUGUUCGAGCACGCCAAAACUAUCCAACUGUUGGCCGUUGAGGAUUACUUUUUGCAAAAAUAUGAAAGUUACGAGGCCGUUGUCAAGGAACAAGAGAGAUGGACAACGAUAUAUCAGUCGAUCCAGUUCGGGCUCACCCAGUCUUACAUCUAUUUUUCCGAUCUGGUAACCUACGGAAUUGGAGCUAGCAUGAUUUACUUUGGACGUGUUGAUUCGAAGGACACAGUCGUGUCGGCAACAAGUGCAAACUUUGCUGGAUGGGCUGUAAUAUUUGCAUCAGCAGCUCUGGGUGAUUUCGUUCGAUCACAUUUUGCUGCUCAAUCUUUGUAUGCCCUCAUCGACAGCUAUAAAAAGGCGGAAGGCGGUGCAACACCUGAACUGAAUGGAUCCAUCAAAGUUGAAAAGGUGACCUUCAGCUACCCAUCACGGCCAGAUGUGAAGGUUGCCCAAAAUCUAAAUCUCAUGGCACGAUGUGGUCAGGCCAUAGCCCUUGUGGGAGCAUCGGGCUGUGGGAAGAGUACAGUAAUCCAGCUUCUGGAGAGAUUCUACGAACCGGACAGUGGUAAUAUUAAAAUCGACAACCACGAGCUGAAGCAGUUGUGUCGCGUUCACCUUCGGAACAACAUCGCCCUCGUAGGGCAGGAGCCUAUCCUUUUCAAAGGGUCGAUCAUCGAAAACAUCACGCUGGGACUGGAAGAUGUCAGUGUAGCCGAGGUACAGGAGGCAUGCAGGCAGGCGAAUGCGGCCAACUUUGUUGAAGCCUUCCCUCAGGGGUACGAAACUGAUGUUGGCGAGAAGGGAGGCAGUCUAUCAGGUGGUCAGAAACAACGUAUCGCCAUAGCCAGAGCUUUGAUUCGCAAGCCUAAAGUGGUUCAAAAUGCGUUGAACGAAGCAAGCCAUGGCAGAACGUCGAUAACAAUAGCACAUAGAUUGAGUACCGUUAGAGACGCUGAUAGGAUCUACUACAUUGAAAAUGGUGCCGUUGUGGAGUAUGGAACACAUGAGGAGCUCAUUGAAGCUGACGGCAAAUAUGCCCUGCUGGUGAAGGCACAACAACUUGCCAAAACGGAUUGA